AUGAGACUCAUCAUUAGAGACGACCCGGCCGCUGCGUCAAAAUUUAUUGCCAACUAUAUCAUUGACAGGAUUAAUACUUUUAACCCGUCAAAAGAACACCCUUUCGUGCUUGGUCUCCCAACCGGUUCCAGUCCUGUCGGCAUUUAUAAAGUCCUUGUCGAGAGAUAUAAAGCAGGCGCAAUAUCAUUCGAACAUGUCGUUACAUUCAAUAUGGAUGAAUACAUCGGUAUUCCACGGGAACACCCAGAAAGCUACCACACCUUUAUGUACAAGCAUUUUUUCUCUCACGUCAAUGUGCAUCCAUCGAACAUACAUAUCCUGAACGGCAACGCCCAGGACUUAGAAGCUGAAUGUGUUGGCUAUGAAGCAGCCAUCAAGGCUGUUGGAGGUAUCGAUCUGUUCCUUGGUGGGAUAGGUCCAGAUGGACAUAUCGCUUUCAACGAGCCUGGCUCGUCUAUGGCUUCGCGAACUCGAGUCAAGACUUUAGCAUACGACACUAUCAUCGCCAACAGCCGGUUCUUUGACAAUGAUCUGGAAAAAGUGCCAAAGAUGGCUUUGACUGUCGGUGUUCAGACAGUGUUGGAGGCCAGAGAAGUUGUGAUCAUCAUCACUGGCGCGCACAAGUCCUUAGCACUCAAAAAGUGUAUCGAAGAGGGAGUAAAUCACAUGUGGACUCUUUCGAGCUUGCAAUUACAUCCUCAUCCAAUGAUUGUCGUCGAUGAAGACGCAACUCUGGAGCUUCAAGUCAAGACUGUCAGAUAUUUCAAAUCUAUCGAGGCAGUUGCUUCAUCACAAGGGUUUGAGCAGAUCCUCCCAAGCAAAGUCAGAACCGGACCUCGUCCAGCGACUAAGUCGAUCGAGCCCUUGCCUGAGACAAAGCAGGAACCAAGUAUCCUGUCACCACAGCCCUUGACAAGUACGCUGCUGGCAGCGCCAGCUACCGAGUAUCCACUUCGAAGCAUCACGCCCGAGUUGAUUCCUGACAGGAUGGGGAGUCGGAUUGCUGCUCAUUGA